ACAGUUCGAUAAAUGUUGCAAUAACAUUAUAAAAUUAGUUUUACAUAUGUAUGGUAAAUAUCAAUUAGUUGUAUACGUCGAAACACAAUUGUUUCAAGUGGAAAUAUGACGUAUAUAUAGACGCUCCAUUUACCAGUUAGUACCACAAUUAAAGGAAGCUUAUCAAAAUCAAAGCUUGUUUGAGAAAGAAAUGGGAUUAUUUUUGACAACAGAUGAUAAAUAAUCCAAUGAAUGUGGAAUAUCCGAACGAUAUUAAUAUGGAAAACUAAAUAGUUUGGUGAAAACUUUGACUGUAAAUUGUAUGUUAACGUCGUCGUACGUAUUGAUCUACAAAUAGGUUAUGUUUCCAACUUUCAUUAGCAUCCUAGAUAUACAGUCAUGGUGGGAGGUACCAAGCAUCGCUCACUUUUGUUCGUUGUUUCGAACAGCAUUUAACCUUUUGGAUUUUGAUAUCGAGGAUUUAGAAGAGGCUCUUUUAACUGAUGGAACAGAAGAAUCUUCGUGGUUACAAGAGCUUAUAGUGAGAUUGCUCAGCGGUUGCCUUCCCAACAAUGAAAUAUCGACAUUUAAUUAUCAGAUGUUUUUGAGGAGACUCUUUCGGCAAAAGUGUCAGGAACAUGAUCGGUAUAACCCCUUUAACACGGAUAUAGAUUUCCAGCUGUUACCCUUACAUACCAAGGUCGAUAUACUUCACGCCCUCUGCGAUUUCCGUUUGGAUGCCGACGAUGUGUUGGAUCAAUUGAAAAACUUGGAAGCUGACAGUCUGCGUGUCGAACCCCUAGGUUAUGACAACAACGAGUCGGCGUAUUGGUAUUUUUAUGGGACUCGGCUGUACAGGGAGGAUUUCAAGACGAAAAACAAUAAGAAGAAAUCAGUUUGGCAGGUUAUUUGUUUCACGGAGGACGAUUGGUUUCAGUUGACCAAAAAGUUUAAAAAGUCCACAUGCAAAGCGGAAAGGCAGUUGCAUCAUACCCUCAGUGAAAAUUUUCUGCCGGAACUGCCCAGGUUGUUUAAAGAGAAGGAGAGUCAGGCCAGGAAAAGGUUACUAGAGAAUCUGCCCAGGAGGACGUCCAGUCGCAUACAAAAAUUGGUGGAGUCGGAAAAGGUAGUGGAAAAAGUCCAGCAGGAGGAGAAGUUGAGACUAGAAGAAAAAGAGAAGGCUAGGUUAGAAAAGGAGGAGCGGCAGAGGAAGAGGGACUUGGAAAAAAGGAGGCAGGAGGCCUACGAGAGGCGGACAAAGUUGAAAGAACAAAGCGACGAAGACAGUUUGAGCGAAAUAUCGGAAGGACGGUCCGAUGAAAAAUCUGUAGGACCAAAGGAACGAAGUGAAGAAGCCAGUUCGAACGAAUUGUCUGAGGGUCGGCAUGAGAUGGCCGGUAAUAAAAAGAGAAAAACUAAAAGCAGGCAAAGGAAAUUAUCCAGCGGCUCAGCAAGCAGUAAAGAUACGGUCACCUCAAAAUUGGCAAAGUAUAAUAAGAAGAAUAAGAAAAAUAGAGAUAGUACCGCAAAAACUGCUUCUUGUAGGCCUACGACAGUGGGUCGCCAAACUAACAAUUCCCUUUCAGCCGCAACAGGACAGAUAUUGAUUCAGCCUGUUACGAAUCCAAAUAAGAAAAAAUUAAAAACUUCGCAAGUAUUCCGUCAAACCGACGAGGAUUUGCAGACCGGUAUGCACAAGAUCUUGGACUUCGUCAAGAACCACGAGGACGCUUGGCCUUUCGCCGAUCCCGUUGAGGAGGAGUAUGCUCCAAACUAUUAUUCGAUCGUUCGAAAACCUAUGGACCUGCAGACUAUGGAGGAACGGCUGGAGUCGGGGUGUUACAAAAACUUUUCCAAGUUCCAGGCAGAUUUUCAGUUAAUCGUCGACAACUGCAGAUUAUACAAUGGUGCUGAAAAUGAAUACACCGAGAUGGUGGAUAACUUGCUGCAAGUAUUCGAAAAGGCAACCGAAAAGUAUUUGGACCAGAUAUCUUCCGAUGACGAAAUUGCCGUGGAAGUUUUAGACACGGACACCGACAACAAGGCCUCAAAGAAGAAAAAAGACCAAACUACCGGCGUAUCUAAACGGAAACCUAUGUUAGCAGCUCAAACGGAUAAGAAACGGGACAGAUCCCGUUCGGAAGAAUCCUCGGCCAGCAGGAGGAGCGUCUCACACGAAUCAUCAGAGGAAAAACCUAAACAGAAAACUACGAAAUCUAAGAAGGCGGAGAGGGAGGAGAAGGUUACCAAGAAGCAAGUUAAGAACGCCAAGAGUAAGAAGGAGAAAAGUGAAUCGAGAAAAGAGAAAUCGGAGGCUAGGAAGGAAAAAAUCGAAAAUAGCAAGGCAAAAACUGAAACGAUGAGGAAAGAAACUGAUGAAAUCAAGAAAUCGUGUAAGGAAAGUAGGAAUUCUAAAACAAAGAAGUCGUCCAGAAAGGAGAAGAAGAAAAUUUUGGCGAGGAGUAGAAGUUCAAGCAGGAGCCCCAGCAGGAGCCCUCCGAGGAGCGACUUAAGCAGCCCACCCCCCUCCUGGCCCGCCUCGAGCCCCGAUGACAGAUUCGAUUUCUCGCCAAAGAAGCACAUGAAGAAAAGACACUCCCAGGAUUUAAGCGACACCGAGGAUUUCUUAUCUAAAGGAAAACAUAAGAAACACAGUAAACUGAAUUACUCCUCGGAAGAUCAGAAGCGGGAUGCUGUCUUCGAGGACAAAAUAAAACGUAGUUCUUCUCCACCCAUAUCGCCUAAACCCAAGGACAAGCACAACAAGUUACGGGAGACGAUAGAAAAGCUAAAGGCCAAGAGCGAAAUGGCCCGUAUUAAAAGCACCGAGUACGAUUUCGAAUUUGAAGAAGAUCACCCGAAAGAGAACAAGGAUAAGGGGAAAAAACAGGAAAAAGACGACAGAAACAAAAUUAAGGCAAAGGAUAAGCCGUACAAGGUAAUGAAAAAAGAAGUAGAACUGGAAUUGGACGGUAACAGUACCAUGGACAGCGUACAAUCCGAAAGCAAGAAACUAAAGAAGAACCAACCGCCGAAAAGCAACAAUAACAUAAAUAAGAACUCAUCGACUAUGGACGCACUCAGCAUUGCCACGGAACAAACCUUAAAAGAUAUAAAUAAAUGGUUGGACGACACGCCGAAAUUCUCAGAGUUCAGUUCGGCCAGCAACUCACCGUCUUAUACCGGUUUGGAUGAAUUUGACAUAAUAACCGGCAGGAUCGAUCAAGUUCCCGGUAAGAAACCAGAGAAACUAUCGGCGGUUAAGAAAGACAGCACGAAGGAUUUCAAGAGGCGACCGUUUAGAGAUCCAGCAAAAUUCUUCAAAAGACGAGAAAUUCAAAGAACCAUAGACAGGCUGCAACCGGGGAAGAGCAAAGGAAACCUCAUUUCCAAUGUCCAAAGUACGAAGAUCGACGAAAUCUUUCCCUUGGGUCCUCUGUCCAAAAUGAAAGACACCAAGAACUCAUUGAUAGUAAAAACCGACACCAACGCUCCGAAACUUAGUUUGGGCUCGGUUCUGGACAGUUUCGGAAAACACAAAUUCGUGGACGAUCAGAAGAAAGAGGAAAAAAUUCCAACUGCGGCUCCAAAAGAGGAAGCGCCACCCGUUUUGCCCUGCAAAUCGCUUGAUGAGGGAGAGAAGAAGGAAGAAGCGAAGGAGAAAGCAGAAAUUAAGGAAGACAAGCAAGAGGGGGAUCCUACAACAGAGGACAAUUCCGGAGGGGCUACACCAAACCUUAGUGCGUGGUUUAAGGCGUUCGGAGCACCUAAAGUUCAACCGCCACAAAAGAAGCCCGAAUCAAAGCCCGACAGCAAGGAGAAUGAAAAGUGUGAGGAUAAUAAAACGGCCAAAGUUGCCACAUCAACGGCUUCGCCAAAUCCCGACAGCCCAAUACCGAUCCACGGUCAGCCCGUUACGAGACAAAGAAAAAUCAGUACAGGGAGUAGCGUAUCGGAAAGAUCGUCGUUCAGCCAGGAUAUGGAUUCUCCACGAGUGGGGAUGGACGAAAGGGGUGCAUACCCGGCCCCAUAUCCCUCGCCUCUUCACAGAUCCCCGUCGGGCGCUUCUCCGAUAAUGGCUUCACCCCGUCCCGAUAUAUCCCCAAAGGCGGCCGCUUAUCCCACCAUCAACGGCCAAAUCAGGGUGGGGUUCUAUCAGGAUACGGUAUCUAACAAGAGCAGCCCCGACAAAUCUUGUAGCCCGCGGGAAAUCCCCCAGUCCCCGUACCCGCAGUACUCGGAACAUGUGUACACGCCCAACACGACCGAGAGUUCUUACUAUUCCUACGUCAACUCCCCAUACUACACUCACCCGCCCAACUACUCCAGCACUAACCCCACCCCUCCCUACAACUUGGAGAUGUCCAGUUCCUCCUACUACGACACCUCCAAAUCCCUGACGGAUCAGUAUCAGGCCAAAACCGCUCAAAAUUACACCGCGAACUCACCGGCUAGCAACCAGUCGUCGCCCGCCCCCCACCCGCAGCAGUCUCCGGGUCUAGCGCAUUCUCCCAACGUGCAAUCUCCCGGCGUCCAUUCUCCGCACUCCCCACAACAUUCGUCCGGCGUGCACUCCCAGCACUCGCCCGGUGUGCUUUCCCAGCAUUCACCCGGCGUACUUUCUCAGCAUUCGCCCAGCGUGCACUCCCAACAGUCGCCCAGCGUUCAUUCUCAGCACUCGCCGGACGUACAUCCCCAGCAAUCGCCGGGCGUAUACCAGCAGCCCUCUCCCAACACGCUCCCGCAGAAUUCUCCUCGAAUGCACCCCCAGCAGCAGUCUCCCGCUGUCCAGUGUCCAAAUUCCCCGAGCGUGCGUUCCUUGGGCGUUCCCCCCCAGCAAUCGCCCAACGUUCACGCUAACGCCACGGGCAUCGACGUAUUCCAAGAAGAACAGAAUCCCAUGUCCGAGAAAGUCCUGCAGCAGGCUCCACAAAUUGCCGUUUUUCCCGUCAAGAAGAGAGUUUACAGCGACAACGAUAACAACCAGAGAUUCGACGUGGACGCGAGGGUGCCUCAAAGGGAAAUGGACAGAGGUUUGCAGAUGGGCCUGGAAACCAUGAGCCAGGAUAUGAAGGACAACCCGAAACUGUACAUCCACCAGAACAUCCCCGAUCCGAAACCUAUAUCGGUACAGACGCCCAUCGAUUCGUUUGGAGGCGCAUCUCUUCCCCAAGAACAUGGCCCGCAGCAGCCCCAACAGAUCCAAAAGGACUCGGCGAAUGCGAGGAAUAUCAAUUACACAUCUGCCGCCGCAUCAAGCCCUUACGCUUCCUCGUUCGGUAACGAUCCCGGAUAUCUCAACAUGCCCACGACCAGAACGCUCGUUACGAGCCAGCCAAACAAAGUGGAUAUGUCGAAGUACACCAACAUGGGCUACAGCGGUCCGGAUGUGAACUUCAGCAGGGCCCUGCAGCAGUUCAAUAGGCCCGAAUUGAGUUACACCCGAACGACCGUGCCGUCGACCAUGUCGCAGAAGCAACAGUGCCAACCCUCGGCGGGAUCCAAUCAGGCCACCAUAACGGCCGUGCAACAGUUGGGAUACAAAGGCGUGGAGCUGAACCGACCCACGGCGAACCCCCAACAGGGUCACGGUAAUUUUAACGCUGUCGUGCACCCGAGCAGUGCUCCUACCGAUGGCGACAGGCUGCAAGAGGUGCCCGGCGGAUAUAAACCCGAAGUGUCGAUACCCAGGCCGACUUAUAACACAUCGACGAUAGACGUCGACCAGCCGUUGGGUUUGGGAAGGAACAUAACGAAUCUGUCGCACAUCGUCGAUCGUUUCGGUAACGACGAGUGCAUCAUAACGGGACUGCAGACUUCGGCGUCCUACUAUUCCGAUAAAGGGUUGGGUGCGCCGCACAUGUUCAACAAGCCGAUUUCAAGCGGUGGCUCGGGCCUGCCCAUGUUCAGUCAGGCCAACGUGGCGGCCAUGCAGUCCUACAAUCAGAACGUGCAGGGCGCGGGCUCGGGCAUGUAUAACAGGCAGAUGACCGAGCUGCAGAAUCCAGGAUUGAUGCAAGGCGACCCUAAGGGGAAUCUGCAGCCUCAGCCGACGCAGGAGAAGAAGGCCAAGAAGAGGAAGAGCAGCAAAAGCGUUACCACGACAAACUCCAGUGAAACUCAACAACCGAAUCCAACAAAUCAGGGCUUCCAGUCGUACGCAGGCUUAAAAGGCAAUUCAUCAAUAGAACCGAGUGCAAUAUCUUUGAAAACGUCUAGCGUGGUGCCCGGCAGCGCUUUUAAUUUUGGCCCCACGCCUGCCGGUUUGGGUCUAGGUUCUGGUUUAUACGGCGAUAAAGAUUCAUAUCCGAACUUUCUGGAGGACUUCCGUUCUGCUCCGAAUUACUACAUGGCCGCCGCCGCCGCUGCGCACCAUAGGUCCACACCAGAGACGAACGAGAAGCAAAGUAGGACGGCCCAUCAGAAUUCAAACCCGCAGGCGGCCCCGGGCUACUCGUUCUUGGGAGCGCCACAGGCGAGGCCCGGGUAUCCGAUAGGGGGCCCGUUCAUCUCAAACGCUCAGGCCCAGUUGAUGGAUACAAGUUCGCCCCUCUAUCAGCACUACUUGCAAGCGGGUGUGCUGAACCAAGGGUUGCUGGGUCCCCCGAGCGCGUAUCCCCCGGGUUACCAUCCCGCUUUAAGUAUGAGGCAACCGUACGACUCCAUGACAAGGCCUUCAUGGCUCUAGUUGGUAUUUGCGAUUUUAGUGAUUUAUUUUUUAUGUACCAAAGACAAUUCUUAUGUGUAUAUAAGUAAUGUAAAUUAUAUAUGAUUUAACUUUAUAGUAAAGUGGACAUUAUAGCUAAUAUAUUUUUUAUUAGCAGUGUGUUUUUUGAAGUUCUGUGAUUUUUAUAAUAUUUCGUUAGUAUUCUUGUAUUAGUUUUCUAAAAUGUUUACGAAUCUCGUUUUAGGUGUAGUUUUGAAUUUCUUUCUUGACGUCGUAAAUGUUUUAGGACGGACCAUUAUUUUACCUCAUUUAUAUAUUUUAUGUGUUAUUUUGAACUCGUGUUACACACUGCGCUAAUUUUAUCUCGUUUUACUUUAAAUUUGUUAUUCACAUUAGAAAAAAUUUGUCUUAAAUGCACUAUAUACGACUAUCGACGAUUUCGUUAAUAUUUCCACAUGAUAUUCAAUCGGUAGGUAAAAGUAAAGUAAAAUGGUAAACGGAUAUCGAUUCAAAAUUAAAUUCGUUUCUGCUACAAAGCAGUAGGCGCCUGCGAUUCCAAAAAAUUUCCGUACCUAAUUCCAUAAAUAAAAUGGAAUUGGCUUAAAUCUAAAAAAAGGUAAACUCGCUCCCAGUAUUUUAUUGAUACGGAAAAAAGUACUGAAUGUUUAUUUAGAAAUUCUGUAAUGAAACAAAAUAAUUUGAUGUUUUAUGAAGUAUGCAGGGUGACUUGCUUGAGGAUGUUCAUCACGGAAUCUCGGAAACGAUAAGAAGUACAAACGCGGUUGAAUUACAAAAAACUAUUGCAGCGAUAAACGUUCUUGGAUGAUACCUAAGGUGUUUUCAACUUUUUUUUGUUCUCAGCAUGCACUGAGUAUAUCUUGGUUCUGUACCAUCAACCGAAAUACUUUUUUAUGUAAAACAAUUUUUUUUAUAUAAAUAAUAAAUAAAGGGUAAUAAGGGAUGGAAAUAUUUUCGCUAUACGAUGAUUUUUAAAAAUUUUCAUCCCUUUUGAUUAAAAACAUUUCUUUUGUACCACGGCCAUAUAUUAACAAUAAAAAUUGUAUAAUACUGUAUUUAAUACCUGAAAGUGAUAUCCUGUAUAGAUGGCGUGGCGAUACUAAAAAAUGUUGUGAUCCCUGGAACGUGGAAAUGCAGUCCGUCUGA